GUUACAAUCAGAAUCAGUCGUACUGCGCUGCGUUUGACAAGAGUCGUGAGUGAGAAAUUUAGAAUAUUGUUUUCAAUACCAGAUUGGACGUCACAGUCAAGUUCCUUUAUUCCCAUUUAAUUUUAUUGCUGAAUUCAUUAGUUCAUCAUCGGACACGAUGAAACGUGCAGCAAAUUGCUUGUUUGCGGGAUUUGUUGUCCUAGCCCUUGGUUCUAUUGUUUCUGGUAUGGAAAACAAUAUUAUCAUUUCCAAGGGUUACGUCAGCAAGCUUUGCAUUGAUCGCUGUCAAUCAUCGGAAACAGAAUUGGUUGAGGAUUGUGAAAGGGGCUGCCGCUUUUUUGAAUAUGCUGAAACAGCAGACCUGGUGGAUUUUAAUGAAACUGCAUUCCAUCUUCUGUGUGUGAGCAAUUGCAAUGAAGCCUAUGUUGUUGAAAAAAAUCGUGGUGUCUGUGUUUCUGGUUGCAAUUUUGCCAAAAAAGAAGUUGACAAUAUCAUGGAGAUGAGUCACCACCUGCUAGAAGAGGCUGAAAAGCAGAUGAAUUUCCUAAAUUCAAUCAUUGGUAUGGUUUCCUCCACCUUCUGGUCCACAGAGGACAAUGAGAAUGAUGUUCCUAAAGAUCUCCAACAACAUUCGCGCGUCUCUGGUCAACUUUUGGACCUUUUAGGUGACAUCCCUACCCGCGGAAAUAAACUGGAUGACAAGUUUUCUGCAGGAGAUGUGGAAAUUAUUAACUUGAUGGGAGAUGAUAUGUCAUCCGUUGACCCAGCCGAAAUGACUCUCUGCGCCACUCGCUUGUGGCUACAUCGUCUAUCCUUUAUCCUGAUCGUGAUGGGAUCAAUUUCCUUGCUAUUUAUUAGCAUUUUCUAUUUGCUUGCCUUCAUGAAACACAAGAAAUCCAAGGAAAUUCAAGAAACCACCGAUGAUACCGGAGAUUUGACCAGUUUAAAUCCUCCUAGUUAUGAAACAUUGAUCAAGAGCGGGUACAUCGUGGAAGCCGACAACUACAUGGCUCCUCCUCUCAACGACGAGAAAAAGGAAAAAAUAUUCGCGGCUUGAACGUGAUUGUAUUAUCACUCUAUUCCUUUUCGUGCCGCAGAUUUUUUUUUCUUUCGGUUUUGAAAAACAUUCGUAUCCUAUUAUUAAAGAUAUAAAAAAAAAGCCAUUCUUCGUCUGACCUUAUGGGACGGCGCCAUUUAUUCAUUGAUUUCUUUCGUGUUAGUCAAUUUUUUCACGCUUCAAUUACACUGCGCUUUUUUUUCUUCUUCAGUUACUUGGAUGGGAAGUCUUGUCGAAGUCCGCCAAGUUUUCACUUUAGUCUUGACUUUUUGUCCGGUACAUCAACAAACAAAUAAAUAUACAAUCCUUCUUUCUUAUCCUUUAUAGUAAGAUUUGGCUACUAGGUGAACAGUGUAAGGUUCUGUGAUUCACUUCGUGUUCCGUCUGAUUGGGGAUUUUUUUUAUCGUGGUUAUUGUUUUAAAAGAAAUAUACCGGAUAACGAUAUCA